GUUUUCAUUUACCUAAAAUACCGUAUGAUCAUAAUCUCGUGUAAACUCGGCCCAUAAAUGUGAAAUUUCUCAAAGUUAUUCCAGGGCAUGAACGGGACACCGAUGCCACUCCCACUUUUUGUAAGGAAUGAGCGUGGUUUGGGAAUAAUUACAUACAAGAAUAAAAUGAUUCUUUCGCCGCAGCCGCGCUCCGUACUGAUUUGACAGCUCGAAGGAGAAUAGAUGUUACAUCAAAUGGAUUAGUGUACCGUAGUGGAGAUAUUGAUUUGGUAAACGGAUUUACCGGACCCCAAGCAAGAGAGUGAGAGACCAACGAACGAAGCUGCGCGAAGUGAGGCUAUUGGCAUAUAGUUUCUAAAAAAAGAACUGGUACAUCUUCAUUCGCGGAUUCGUCUGUUGAGCAUACCCUGAAGCCAAAGCCGAAGAAUAUGAAUAGAAUAUGGUUGGUAAGUCUAGAACGGAUUCAUCAACAGAGUAAGGAACCCAUUGUCCCUUGUUCUAGACCUGACCGGUGCCCAAUUCCUUGGUGAUUUGACUUUUGAUUAAGGAAGGGGGCUUGCUCUAGUAUUCUAGUUCUUAAUGAUACGUAGUAACUCGUAAUAAUAAUCUUAAACUUCCUAGCUAUGAGGACUACCCUCUUUAUUGACUUCGCUACUGAGACCACUUCCAAGUAAGAGCGCGACCAUACCAUCUUUGCUGCGAAGGGUUUACGUAUCCGUCUCCGCAGAUGGAUGGAGAAUAUAAGGGGGACCUUAAUCUCCUAAAGCUACUCAUUGGGGAAUACCGUCCAAAUUAGUCUGUCUGCCGCUUUCUUUCAUAACAGAGUCGUUAUUCCCGGCUGGCAUAGAAGUCUCUCGCGGGCGAAGGAGAUGCAUUUCUGGUACUGGUUGACAAGCUCUCGGGGAAUAAUAUAUUUCUUCUUUACGCCUUUCUUUCCCAUGACGACUAGGAACAGGCAAAUAAAAAUUUCACUUCGAAUUUCGGACCUCAACAUCCUGCUGCUCAUGGUGUUUCACGAUCGUAUUGGAAAUGAACGGAGAAGUGGUAGAACGUGCGGAACCACAUAUUGGAUUACUCCAGUGCGGCACGAAGCCGCUGAUGCCGAGUCGGCUUCUAUGCCGCUAGCUAUGCCUGCUUGGUCCUCGAUACGAUAGAGGUUCCAUAACGCAUCAUGAGCACCGGACUAAGGGGCGGUUGAGCAACUCAAGGGAACCGCCCUACCUUAUUACAACAUAGGGACAGAAGGGAGAGGGUUGUGAAGGUGGCCUCGUUAUCCACACCGGAGGUCGGAUGAAUGGAGGACCGACCGACCUGGGUUUUCACGAGCGUUGGCGGGUUCUGGAGUGCUGUCAAGGGCGCUAGCGCAUACCCCGGGUGAUAAUCACCACCUGCACCUUACAUCUCGGCACAGUGGAACGUGUAACCCGCCUGCUCUUCCAUUCAACUACAUUUGUUCCUGUAAUCCAUAGCCUAACAGAACGCAGCAGCGAGGGACAACCCGCCCAUACAGCCAGCGGGGAGGAUGGCACUACUGGCAAAGACCGUCUGGCGAAAACGCCGCAGGCGCGAGCGCGGUAGGCUGCGCCGGGGAGCAUAGCACAUAGGGAGGAAAGGGAGCCCGGACGGUGGAAGAGUCGGGAAGGCCAGGUCAUUUGACGGAAAUGUAAGGAACGAACGAAGCUAUUAGAUAAGGCCCUCUGGAGUAAAGGGAAGUGCAUGAAUUCUUGGGAGCGAAAAAAAAAGAAAAUUCAAUGAAUAGAUAGAGUCAACGGUACGACAGACAGCGCUGCCUACACGCGAAUCCGCUUCCGAGGUUGAGCAGUCUCAAUUUCACUACAGGAUUUGCGAAUGAAUGCUGGGCCGCCUCGAAUGGCGUGAGCCGCAUGCGGGAGACCCGCACGUACGGUUUUAGGGGAUCUGGUCGAAAGACCGGCCGGCGCCCACCCGACUAGAGGGACUGAGAAAUUAAUAGAGUACAAAACUUAUCUUCAAGCUUUACCUUAUUCUGAUCGUUCAGAGGGCGAUCGCGGGGUCACUGAAUGAAGUCCUCCGUUUCUUUCGGAGGUGCUGACCCGCAGCGAGGCAGAGAUGACUAAGUGACAUAUGGAAUAUGGCGACGACAACAGCAUGUCAUAGAAGGAGAUAACAGGUGGAGCCAACGACCCACUAAGACUAACCUAUCUACAACUACAUCCCCGAGCGGCAGUCAAACGGGGCGUGAAUGCGAGAUGCCAGCGGAAUGAUCGGCCGGACAAAGGCUAGGGCUGCUUCCUUCCAGCGCGUCCUUCCUUGUGUAUCGGAGAUAUAAAGCGAGUGCGCCGGAAAAGAACGGGAACUAUGUCCAUCUAUUCUAUGGCGAAGCAUCCGAAGCAUAACUGCACACUCACACGAUCUUUGCCGAGAGAUAGGAGCAUUCGGUGGAACCGGUGAACUACACUUGCUUCGGAUAGAUGUGUGGGACAGAGGGCUCAUGGUACCUGCUGCCCACCCUUCCUCCGGUGUUUUGAAAACCGUGUGAACGGAGAGUGGGCAGAAGAGAAGGAGGUCCUCAUAUGGAGUCGCACACUUACUUGAGCAAUGCGGGAGACUGGAGAAUAGGUCGAGUAAACCCCCCUAGGGCCGGAAAUAGAGAACCAAGCCCCCCUCUAUUGCAUAACCUAAAAAAGCUAUAAACAAAGUAGUACCCAAGUGGUUGUUGCGGGAACGAUACGCUUUGGUUACCGGCGAAUGAAGCUAUUAGAUAAGGCGACCAGCUUUCAAUACUAGUUGUUACCUUACGGUGCCAUUUUUCCAAUCUUAUUGAAUAGCAUGGCCUGGGGCUAAGAUAACUCAAGUGGGGGAGCCGUGUUAUGGGUAACCUUAUUGCACGGUUCAGAGAGCACUUGUGUAUGUGAUGCAAGUGAACGUGUACGAAAAAGCUGUCGUAAAGUUUCGUUGUUCGUUCCGUCGUUGACCCUAUCUAUGUUUCUAUGAUGGCCCAAGAACACGCUUAUUCUUCAGCCGUAGAGAGACUUUUGAAUUGUGAGGUACCAUUACGAGCUCAAUAUAUACGAGUGUUAUUCCGUGAAAUAACUCGAAUUUCAAACCAUUCACUUGCUUUAACUACUCAUGCUAUGGAUGUGGGAGCAUCAACUCCGUUCCUGUGGGCUUUUGAGGAGCGAGAGAAAUUGUUGGAAUUCUAUGAAAGAGUCUCGGGAGCCAGAAUGCAUGCCAGUUUCAUACGACCAGGUGGAGUGGCACAAGAUCUGCCUCUGGGCUUAUGUCGAGAUAUUGAUUUCUUCACACAACAAUUUGCUUCUCGUAUCGACGAAUUAGAAGAGAUGUUAACCGGCAACCGUAUCUGGAAACAACGAUUAGUGGAUAUUGGUACUGUCACUGCACAGCAAGCAAAGGAUUGGGGAUUCAGUGGUGUAAUGUUAAGAGGUCCAGGUGUAUGUUGGGAUUUGCGAAGAGCAGCACCUUACGAUGUUUAUGACCAAUCGGAUCCUGACGUACCAGUAGGUACCAGAGGAGAUUGCUAUGAUCGUUACUGUAUUCGUAUCGAAGAGAUGCGACAAAGUGUUCGGAUCAUUGUGCAAUGUCUUAAUCAAAUGCCUAGUGGCAUAAUCAAAGCCGAUGAUCGUAAGCUAUGUCCUCCAUCACGAAGUCGAAUGAAACUAUCCAUGGAAUCGUGCGCCGUGUGAAACGUAGAUCAUCGCCGUUCUUAACCGAGACUCAGGUUAAGCUCCGUCUCGGAACCUUGUGGGGGUUAGGAGUAAAGCAUUCCGAGGUUGGCGCAUUUCGUUGAGCGUGGAGAAGCGUUGGGAACCCCAAUUUCUUUCUUCGAGCCCUUUCUUUUCCCGUCCCCCGCCCCGGCAUAGCGCUUUCGCUUCCGGCUCUUCGGAGGAAUCCACUUCCUUCUUCAUUCAUCUGGGGAAAGGAGGCGUCUACCAGUUAGGAAGCUAGACAUCAAGUAAGUGGCUUGAUGAGGAUAACUAAGCUGACACGCCGGAGUUGGCUGCUGGCACAGCAGAUGGUGUCUUACCGCACCGCAGCGGACGGGCGGUAGCGUUCGUGGCAGUGCUUCAGGAUUCCAAUCUACGUCCAAGAUCGAACGAGCUUGCCGGCGGACCACUGCCGUCCCAUUCUUGAGUGAGCUGGAGCGCAGCCCUCUUAUCCACUGAACUAGCUAGAAGCUAUCGCUUUGGGUCGAAGCACUAAAAGAAAAGGACCAGGAAACACGGCGGCAUAGGAACCACGGGACCCCUAAUAGUAAAGGGAAAACGGAAGUGCGCACCAGCUGAAAAUGAAAAAGCCUUUUCCCUUUUUAAUAAUAAAGUAAGCUUCAUAGCUCCAACCUAGUAAAGGGGGGCUUGAUGCCCUUUGUAUAGGUUGGGUUGCUGGAUACGGGAUCCUCGUAGUAGGCCGGACCAACAUCCAGCCGAGAGAGGACAGUCUUUAGAAAGAACAGGUUGGGAAACCAAGAGAACGCUUCGCGUUUUCUUAUCUGCUUCCCGCCCUAGGAGUAGGAAUAGCGCAACAAAAAAAAUAGGGAUUAGUCUUAUUGACCCAAUGAUAAACCACUAACACCUUCCUCGUUCGGGUCCCGCGCACUGGGAAAACGCUCUAGCGACGGGAAACCGUCCAUUAGUUACAAAGCUCCAAUAAGGGAGAGGGCUAUCACAGUCAGGUGCGAAUAAAUUACCCCUAUUACUAUUUAGUAAGCUUGGGCGAAAAAUGGCUUGAUGCGCGCAGAUAAGGAGGAAGCGGAAGCAAGAAAAGGAAUAUUAUCUUUUAUGGCCUUAUACUUAAGAGGCAAAGAGAAGCGCUUUUGCUACUAAGAAAGCGAAUGGUCAGCGCGAAGGUUCAAGACUUAGCCGAGCGUUAGCGAAGCUAGAUUCUCAUAACGAGGCGCUUCGAGUUAUCGAAGCGCUGUAGUAGCGCCGAAGCUCUAUGUGCUGCUAUAAUGCUAAGCCAAGGGCACUCCGCCUUAUCUAUAGAAGCAGUCAACUGAGUUCUGAACGAAUUAGCUCCUUGGUAAUGGCUUAAUCUAUAGAUAGAAAGCCCUAUGAUGGGAAACUACCACGUUAGGUUUGGAGAGAGAUGGGACCGGUUAUAUUAUAGGGGAAGCAGAUGCAAGGCAAGCUUUUUCUUUCAAUAGCCGGUCAAAUGACUACAGGAUCAUCGGUCUACUCUACCUCAAUUCACCAUUUCGAACUUUAUACAGAAGGUUUUUCCGUACCAGCUUCUUCUACCUAUACCGCAGUUGAAGCACCUAAAGGAGAAUUUGGUGUCUUUCUGGUCAGUAAUGGAAGCAAUCGUCCCUACCGUUGUAAAAUAAGAGCACCUGGCUUUGCCCAUUUACAAGGACUCGAUUCUAUGUCCAAACAUCACAUGCCAGCAGAUGUGGUCACCAUCAUAGGUACUCAAGAUAUUGUGUUUGGGGAGGUGGAUAGAUAGGACUACGUCUUGCUCGAGCAGGGCCCUAGCUUUAUUGCAAGCCAAAACUCCCAUUUCUUUCUUUUUUCAAAUUCAUAGGCACUUUCCAUUAGCUCGGCUCAGGGCUUUUCAGAGGUAAGUGGGAGAUCUACUUGCUUUCACUUUCUUUUUUGUCCUUAUUGGGUAGGUGUUCAGUGUACCGUAGUACAAGACCGAAAAGAAUGCUUUGCAUUCCAUUCCAAUGUGAUGUGAGAAAAAGUUCUUGCGAGAGAGAGGCCAGGCCAGAUGAAGGUGAAAUCCCAAAACCGAACGAGCGUAAUCUAUGUAAUCUAUGAAGCGAGUCUAGACAUCUAGAGCUCAACCAGCUAUGGAAGAGACUGUUUCAGUGAAUUUGGGUACAGUGAAAGGAAGUCAAACUGGGUUCUAGUCUUUCUAACGAUGAGAAGGCUGAGUGAGUGGCCCUGCUUAAUGAGUUCAUCGAUGUUGUCCCUUAGUCUUAUGAUGAUAUGCCGGGAAUGGGUCCUUAGAUUGUGCAGCAUUGCAUUCCUACCUUUCCUGGCCUGAUUAGGGGGAAUAGGUUGCACAUGAAGGAGAAUAAGCGCUCUUUGAAAGAACGACGUAUCCGCUCUUCUUGUUACAGAAUCGGUUGUGCACAAUUCGACAUAAAUGGGUAGGUAUAUAGGUAUAAUAGUAAAAGAAGACAAGCACAUUAAUUGAUGCCCUCGAAUCAGCUCUUAGGGCGGGAAGGAAGGACCAACGUCGUCGAGAGAUGGGAUUCAUACCCAGCAAGAAAGAGCAUCCUGCUUCUUGUGACAAAAUAAUAAUAGAAUAUAAUAGAAGGGGCUUGUUCUCUUUUCGACGGGAACGAGAAAUAUCAUAAGAAAAGGGAAAAGUCGAAAUUUUAUUGUGUUCAGUAUCGUAGAUAGAAGAUCAUUCCAAGUGAGAUGUCCAAGAUCAAAGGAUGGAGGAAAAGCGAAACC